AUGUUCCAGAACAAUGCCGGAGAUGAUCCAGGCCACCAGGGCUUAGCAAAUGACUGUGACCCAACAGGAAGUCGCCUAGAGCCUGAGCUUGGACACCCAUCUUCAAUUCCUGAUAAUGUCAACCAUUCCUAUCUGUCAUUCCAGGCCAAUCUUCUGGACAAUCUCAAUGAGGAUUUGGAUGCUGGCUAUCCAGCAUACCAUAACUUGCACAACUCUCAGCAUUGGACAAGUUUACAAGGUAAAAUGAUAUGCGACAUUUUUAACAUGACCCUGGAUGGGCCAUGGAAUCAUUACUGGUUCCAAGGUGCACAAAACCUGGCAUUAGAGUUGGAGAUGCAGGAUUUGGUCACAAGGGAUAUGAAUCUAGACCUGGACUCAAGUUUGGUCCUGUCAUAUCCAUACAUACCUGAUCCCAAUCCGACUCCUGGACCCUCUGCUUCAUCACCUCCAGAGUCCUACCCUAUCCCUGUCCGCUCCGAUACCCACCGUUGGACCAAACAACACUCCUCCUCACUCCUCCUCCUCACCCCUCAAGUCCCUCUCCUACCCUACCUCUGUCUGCUCCGAUAUUCACCUUCGGACCUGACAUCAUCCCUCCUCUUACUCCUCUUCUCACUCUCCUCCUCGCUCCUCUCCUUCCAUUCCUCUUCCACCAAACCUCUGCCAAGUUACAACCUUCCACCACUGUCCCAUACCUCGUACUCAGACACCGCCCGUACCUUCACUCUGAGAUUCCGUCAUAGUUCCAACCUCAGACAUUGA